CAAGAAGAAAAGACAUAGAUAACAUGGCGGACGCAAGCGAGACAAAGCAGGCGCUUGGCGGGGAGGGCGCCGUGACGAGCGAGACGCCCGUUGGGGCUGCUGCCGUGGCUGCUGCCAAGGGCGAGGGCGAGGCCGCCGCGUCGUCUGACAAGGGAAAGGGAAAGGCCAAAGCACAGGAGCCAGAGGAAGACGAAGACGACGAAGACGAAGACUCUUCCUCGGAUGAAGAAGAAGACGAAGACGAAGAUGGAGAUGACGAGGUUCUGGAUGGCCUUGACCUCAACGACAUCAUCGCGCCCACAUCGCGAAGGAGCGCUCGAAGCAAGAACAUCGACUACUCUUCAGAAGAAGCCAUGAAAAAGGCUGGCCUGGACCAGGGUGCCGGGGCCAGCGCUGAAGACGACGAAGAGGACGAGUUCAAGGCUGACGAGGAGAUGGAGGAGUAAUGUCCUCCUUUGGCUGCAGCGUCCAAGUAUCGCGAGACCCCGCUUACGCUCAAGUAUUACACACAUAGCGCAGAGAAGAUCCAGCACAAAAGGCACAUGCCAUCUAAUCUAUCAGAGAAAUAGCGACAAAAUGGUCCAUCUGUGCCCAUUUGCGAGAGUGUCCGGUAGUAAGUCUAGAACAGCGGCUUCAAUCGAGACACGAGACGAAGCCACUGAGCGUCUCGAGGAGCUGCUCCUGCUCAUACGCGCUGGCAUCGGGGCUGAAAGUCGUCGG